CCAUAAAUUUCCUCCUUUAAACCUGCAAAUUUUCCGGUGAGAAUGGCGGCGGUGAGGACGGUGGUGUUACCACGGCCGGUAACAUUUGUUACUGGAAAUGCUAAAAAGUUGGAAGAAGUCAGGGCUAUUCUUGGACAGGCUAUUCCCUUUCAAUCCCUUAAGCUUGACUUGCCAGAACUUCAAGGUGAGCCUGAAGAUAUCUCUAAAGAAAAAGCAAGAAUUGCUGCUAAAGAGGUGAAUGGACCAGUGCUAGUUGAGGACACUUGUCUCUGUUUCAACGCCCUUAAGGGUCUCCCAGGUCCUUACAUCAAGUGGUUUCUGCAAAAGAUUGGUCAUGAAGGUCUCAACAACUUAUUGAUGGCUUAUGAGGAUAAAACAGCAUACGCUAUGUGUGUUUUUUCUCUCGCUCUUGGGCCAAAUACCGAGCCAAUGACUUUUGUAGGAAAAACUUUGGGCAGGAUAGUUCCAGCAAGGGGACCCACUGAUUUCGGAUGGGAUCCGAUAUUUCAACCUCAUGGCUAUGAUCAGACUUACGCUGAGAUGCCCAAGGAAGAAAAAAACAGGAUUUCCCACCGGGGUAAGGCUCUUGAACUAGUGAAGUCACACUUUGUUGAGGCUCAAUACACUUUCCAGACCGACUCCACUACCUAAGGAAGGCUAGGGUGUAUGCCUCUGCAGUACCAUAAUAUUCAUGGUUUUGCUCAAGAGCUAUAAUUGAUGACAAUGUAAGCUUCUUUUACUCUCCCAGAUAAAAUAGGGUGAAGGAUGAGAUACGUGAAAUUUUGGAACAUAUAGUAGUAGUUAAUAGAGUUUAUGAUCCAACACAACCUUUUGUUUAUUUUUAAUUUCAUUUGGUAUGGGAGAGGGAUGGAUAUUUGAUUUAAGA